CAGUUGAUGCUACGACUAGUAGGGUCCGAGUCAUGCACAUGCUUGGGCCAUUGCUUAGCCGCAUUCAUGAUGAGAAUCGCCGCCCAAGCUGCAGAUUCAGCGAUUCACUGCGUAUAUCGCCCCAAAUGAUUCUAUUCACCAAGUGACCCGGACCGCUUUACCAAGUCCACAUUUAUUGGGUCUUGUGCAAGAAUGUUCUUGCGACAGGACGAAUAUCAUAUUGUCGAUAUUCCGCAUGGUCAGUGCACCUCGUCCGUGCACAUUGAUAAUCACGUGGCGUAUAUCAUAUCCUUCGGAUCUCCCCCUCUUCAACCAUCCCUUCCCCCCCAUCUGCGUGUCUUUUUUAAGCACUAUAUUCAGUCACAGUCUAAUUUUGUGUUCGCCCCUUGUUGCAAUGUGCGCUACUACGAAGAAGUUCUCGACCAAGGCCGCCGAGCCUAGGCCUAGUGCUAAAUCUACCCGGGAAGCGACAGUUUCAAAGUCGCGCCAUUCUACGACCCAUCCCCCUUGGAUUGACAUGAUUACCGAAUGUAUCACCACGACACCCGAUGGCACCCGCCACGGCGUAUCGCGUCCAGCGAUUAAGAAAUUCGUCGACUCAAAGUACCAUCUCGAAAUAAAUCCAUUAGCGUCCAGCCAGCUUAACCGAGCAAUCCAUCAUGGCGCCGAUAAAGGGACCUUUGUCCUGCCAAAAGGUCCUUCCGGGAAAGUUAAACUUGCACCUCCCAGCCGGAGGCACACUGAGGCGGCCAAAGAGAACGCAAAGCCAGGUUCAAAACGUUCCACCGCUGCCAAAGAAAAUCACGUCAUCCCAAUCAAGGCAGCUACUAAAACCGCGGCGAAGAAGACGUCUCGUGCCGCGAAGCCGGCGGCUACCACCGUACCCGCCACACCGCCAAAGUCAAGAACUGCUGAAAAUAAAUAUCACUCCGCUGCAAAGAAAGCUAGGACGAUUGGUUCCUCCACUCGCAGGACGGUCGAAAGAAAGACCGCUACUGCACAAGGGACAGCUAAGAAGACUGCCACAGGAAGGUCAACUCCAUCAAAGAUCAGGCGGGGAGCAAUCUCCGCGAAGAGGACUACGAGGGCCACAGCUUCGAAGCAGAGGGCCCGGAAGACUUCUCGCAAGUGACGCAUGUUAUUCAUGAUUUCAGGCUCUUUCUGGCGAAUCAUGGCUAACGUCUUGAUGUCUCCUCAGAAACACGGUUUUUCUUCGCUGCUUUUUGUCUCAUGUUCCAGUUUGUUUUUCGUUCAUCUUGCUGUUUUUACCUCUUGGAUGUACCUCCGGGACGUGCCACUCGUGCUUGCCUACGAGUUUUACUUCUAACGAAACAUUACGUCUAUCUCAUUCUAUGCCCUAUCUUAUCGUACGCUAUCUACUGUCAGUUGCCCUGGUCUGAGUCCAGUUGUACGUAUCAUCUGAAACAACAAAUGUCAGCCUGGUUGCUCAGGAA